GCGGGAAAUAACUUUUUCUUCUCUCGUUAAUUGUAUAUACUUUUAACGGGAAAACUGAUGUACUAUGGCUAGUGUAACGUUUUCUCCUCCUUAUACACCACCUCAUUUAUUAACUGAAAGCCAGUCAUUUGCUUAUAAAUCUACAUUAGAUCAUCCAGAUCUUGAUGCAGUUGAAACAUUGCUGUACAUGAGAGGCCAUCAGCUCAUAAAGCACACAGACAAUCAUACAGAACUUACACCUUUCCAUUCUGAAGAUGAACUGGAGGACAUUAGUUCGAGAGCCCCACCUCAAGGGUCAGAAUUGGCAAGGUUGCUACUUACUAACACUCCACCAUCAUCCCCAGUUUCUCCAAUGACUGGAAUGCCUGUUUCAGUAAUUGUGAAAGCUCCUCCUAGUAACUCAAAUCUGGACUCUGUUAAAAGAAAGUUAUCACAGUCAUUACCGGCAGAAACCUGUAAUCGAAAUAUCGAUAAAGGAGAACCUGAAGCAGUUGAAAAUAGAAUUAUUACUCCAGUUGUGGUAACGAAGGCGACUCCUGUUGCUACCGUUUAUCCUAUAAGAGCUGUGGACACUUUUCCUUGCACUACUACUUAUGUCACUUCAGCUGCAAAGCCUGUAGCAAUUGCGCCAAAAAAAUUAUCCAGUCCUACUGUUAUCAUUCCAACAGUCGCAAACUUGAAUCAAUGUUCAGCAGCAUCCUCACAAACUUUAAUACUGACACAUGUACCUCAAACAUCACAGAGAAGUAUGCUGCCUACAGCGCCUACAAGUUCCUCCAUGGUACAGCUAGUAGUGACAUCUUCACCUUCCCUAGUCAAUAAUGUUUUAACAUAUUCUGUUAAAGAUCGUCAAAGACUUAUUGCUCCUGCUCCUAUAGUUCUGUCAACUCCUUCAAAAACCUGUGAUACAUCAAAUGAUCAACGUAAAAGGACUUAUCAGUGCAACUAUCCAAAGUGUUUAAAGACCUAUUUUAAAAGUUCUCAUCUAAAGGCUCAUUUUAGAACACACACUGGUGAGAAGCCCUUUGCUUGUACAUGGGACAAUUGCAACAGGAAAUUUUCUCGAUCUGAUGAACUUUCUCGCCACAAGCGUACACAUACAGGAGAGAAAAAAUUUGUGUGCCCAGUCUGUAACAGAAAAUUUAUGCGCAGUGAUCACUUGGCUAAACAUGUGAAACGCCAUACAACUGGUAGACUUUCAAAUAUCAAAUACUCUAAAGCUUUUAUGCAAAAAUCUGAUAGAAUAGCAGAUAUUAUUUCUGAACAUUGCUCUAUAUCACUUGCACCUUCUGUCCUUCAAGUAAUUAUUCCAGCUACACAAUAAAUUAUAUUUAAAACUUUCUUAAUUUAUAGUUCUAUGAUGUUAUGCAAAACAUUAAACUUCAAGAUUACUUUGCAUAAUUUAGACAUUAAUAUAGGUUUACUUCAUGUUCGAGAUGUUCUCAUUAUGUACUUUAAUUAUACUCAUUUCAUAUUAACACUUGCACCUAUUUGAUGAAAUUUCUCUACAAAAUUAUCACAAAAAUUGUGUACCUUAAAUAUACUCAUUUAUAUUACAAGAAGAAUAUUUUCAUUGCAUAUUACGUAAAGUACAAAUACCAAAUUAAAAUGCUUUUCUGAAAAUAGCGUGGAAAAAUAAUCCCAGAAUGUAGUUGUAAAUUUUAUUUUGUAUAAUUAAUUUGAGAGCAAGAAACAAAAAGAAAAAAAAAGCAUGUUCCAAAGAAAAUUUGCAAUGAAAAAAACACCAGUAUUAAUGUUUGAAAGUAUGUACCUUAUGUAAUCUUGAUUUAAGAAGAUAUUUAAAGUCAAGUUCUUCAAUACUAAUAAAGGAAAUUUAAGAAUUAUACUAAUGUAAAGUUUACAACAGAAAUCUCUUCUGUUAGAUAUUUAUCUCACAGAACCUACUGUUCUGAUAUCAGAUCAUAUAUUGUGUUUUAUGUUAAGAAAAUAUUUAUUUUCCAUCCAAUCUUAAGCAUUCACAUAGCUUAGCAUUCUUAUAGCUCAAUCAAAGCAUCAUUUCCUCCUUGUUCUAUAAGUUAGAUGAACCAUCAUCAUUCAUUGGAUGAAAGUAUAUUCCCAUAUCAUUCGUGCUUUGUUACAUUUGUAUAUUUCUAACUUUAUGUAUAAAUAUAUGUACAUAUAUAUAUGUGUUUAUACUAUGUGAUAUUCUGUGAUUCUUCAAGAAUGAGUAAUUAUAUCAUAAAAAAUACAAGUGUUUUUUCCUUUUCUUUUUUUGAUUAUAUAGCUUAAAAAUUGAAAACAAUUUUGAUGUGAUGUCAUUAUG